AAUAAAAGCAUCGACCGAGAAUGGAGAUAAACCCCUUUUCUUUUCUUGAUUUUCUUCAGUCUUCAGACAUCAUUCUUGAACUGAUUGCAGCAAGUUUCCUGAAAUUCUAUCUUAUAUAACCCACUCUAGCAAAAACAGAAGCUAUGGCUGCUGAACAAACCCCAGAAACUCACUUAAUUUCUGUUCCAAGCCCUUCAAUCAAGCUGCUGUUUGUAGAAAUGGGCGUUGGUUAUGAUCAACAUGGGCAAGAUGUUACCAAAGCAGCUAUGAAGGCUUGUAGAGAUGCUAUUUCUUCCAACUCUAUCCCUGCAUUUCGUAGAGGCUCUGUACCUGGAGUUUCAUCUGAUCAGAUGAAGCUACAAAUCAAACUAGGAGUUCCCCGACCUCUACAAAGUUCCUUGGACAUUCAAAAAGUUAAAUCCGUAUUCCCUUAUGGAGACAUUGUGCAUGUUGAAGUUGUGGAUGGUGGACUCAUAUGCUCGAGUGGUACCCAUGUAGAAGAAUUGGGUGAUAAGAAUGAUGACUGUUACAUAGUUAAUGCAGCUGUCUACGUUGGCUACUAAGUUUUAAUCUCAUACUAGACCCUGUUAGUGACACUAUACUGAAAUCAUAAUAUAUUCGUUCUUCUAAGUUCAUUGUCUCUUAUUUUGUUGUAAAUCCAUCUCCUUUUCGUUGGAGUUACUAAUAUACAUUAGAGAUUGAAUAUUGUGUUACAA